AUGGCAAUCAGAGCCCUGAAUAGCGAUAAUACACCUCGACCAGGAUGCACAGAGAGGCUGGGGUGGGGCGAUGGGCGGGGAGGCAAGCGUCCUGAGCUCACUUCCGCUGUCGGACUAGUGGCCAUCAGCGGCGGCAACCUUUCGGCCAAUAGUCUUGGCAACACGGUCACCCCGCGUCGUGUGCAGUAUACGUCCUUCCUGUCUCCACAGGUCAAACUCUGCAGUCCGCAAUUCUAA